AGUACGAGUUAAACUCAUAAUUACUUUGCACUCUUUUGGCCAAUCGCUGUCCCUGGCUCUCCCUAUAAAUAAAUGUCGUAGUCCUUUGGACUGCUGUCUUGUUCACUGGUGAAGGAAGUGCGUCAUACUUCCGGGUCACUCGCUCCGUGUGUUUUGCUGCUGCACAACAGGUAGAGUAGCGGCUCUGCUGUCUCUGUGUACCUCGCUGUUACCAGCUAUCAUUAUGUUUACUAUGUACUGAACGUUCGUAGAUCUCUGGUUGGUUGGCGAAUCCUCUGCACGGUCGCUCAACGCAUUCAAAAGCGGAUGUUAACGCAGGCAACCUGUACUGUUUGUACCCUUUGAGCUGUCUUCUCCUGGGUGAUACAAGACGAUGCCUGAUCGAGAUCGGACUGAUUCAACUGGAGACUGACUUCAGCUGCAGAGCAUUUAUUCAUUAGCUGCUGUUUUGCCUGGAUUAUUGUUCGUGUAACGUGCAUAUGUGGGUUGUUAUAUUAACGCCAGCUGUGUUGUACGUCUGUCUUGAAUAACUGGUGGUGUCAACGUGCAUCCACUGGUCGUUUUGUCAACCACUUUAUGUGACUGCCGCACGCUCGCCCUGGAUUGCUGUUUGUGCACGCAUGUGCGUUGAACAUUGAUACUAGCCCCUUAUUUAGUUGUAUGCUCGCCCUGUGUUGCUGUGUGAAUGCACGUGCAUGCUGAGAACAUCAUACUAGUCCAUACUUUAUUCAAUCACUGCAUGCCUGCCGUGGACUGUUGCUUAUGUACGUGCAUGCUUUGAACAUUAUACAAAUCAUCUCAGCUCAUCACCAAAACGCCCGCGUUGGACGUGCAUGUUUUGCGGUCAUCUCCGCGAUUCUAUUUGAGUCCUGCACGCCGGUUUGUUUGCUGCCGAUUAGCGACGAAUGUGUUUUGAACACUGAUGAACGUAUUCUGAACAGUGUGCCAGCAACCUUACUGUUUACAACCUUCCCGGCCAUUGGUCUGUUUGAAUGGGCGAGCUUCCUGUUUUAUGUGGGCUAGUAUUUUAACUGUGUGUAUACUGCUAAAGGGGGUUUGUUUCCUGUUAUAAUUUGGUUGGUUAAGUGUUUUGUUUGUUUUGUUUCCCGUUUGUUGAAACUGUCUUUAUUGUUUGGAUUUUGUUUCUCUUUUUUUUGUGCCAAUACAAAGUAAUUUAGUUAAUUGUGUAUUUUCAUUUAUUGUUUUUGCUUUAGUUUCUUUCCUCUGAUUUAUCUUAUUUGACUUACAUUUGGUUUUGUUUAGUGAUAAGUUUAUUUUUGUUAUUCUGUGCACUGCCUUUGUGGAGCCAUUGUUGGCCUUGGCAGUUUAUUAUAUAUUUAGUGAUUUAACUUUAUUUAGCUUUCUUUGAUAUUGAGUUUUGUCUGUCGAUUUAACCCUUUUGUGUGUUUGUUUUUGUUCCAGCUGCUGAGAGCUGAAGGUGGUGGUAUUGGUGUCCCGGGUGGUGGUGUCCCUUUGCCAGUGUGCUGUGGCAAUUACCCCGUUUUCUCCAUAUUCACUGUUUUGCUGUGUGUGUGUGUGUGUGUGUGUGUGUUCACGUGGGUGAUUUAUUUUUUUUUGGAUUUCUCUACGCCCUUGUGACCUGUUUCCCCACCGGUAAGCCUCAGCAGCCAUUAUAGUUUGCCCCCCUUCCCAAGUAUGAAUGUGUUUUAAAAUGGUGUUUUAUGAUUGAAAUAAAGUAUUGUCUAUUUUUUCGAACUUCGUCUCUGGCUUAAUUGUAUACGUACCUGGGUGUCCUUACGUGUACUUAGAAUAUCAAAAUUAGGAACUAACACCAAGUAUUCCCUGGCUGUAAGUCCCAGGGUGGCGUAGUCAGUGUUUUGGGGGUAGGUUCUCUUUAAAACUAACCACCCCUCCCUCUUUGUACCGCCACAUUUGGCGUAGUCGGCAGGGCCUCACAAUUCAAAGCCGAGACGAGUUCAAUUUUUGUUUUUGUCUGUGUUUUUGGGUGUAUUUUGAUUCAUGUACAGGAGUGUUUACCUUUUUGUUUGUUUGUUUUUUUGUUUUAGGCAAAACAGCAGCUGGUGUUUCUCCACCUUAUCUCGUAACGAGAGUUUCCCCUUUAUUGGGCAGGAUAAGUAUGGAGGGAGAGUUACAGGAGUUGAGGGAUUUAGUUGAGCAGUUAAGGGCAGAUAAUGAGAAGCUGCGCCUGGAACAGGCCGGGGCUGUGGCAGGACCUAGUUCAGCACCCUCUAAUGCGUCAACUACUGCACUACCCGCAGCUAGAGCCCCUACUACCGAAAGAUUUGUUUUCGUGCCCCGUGAUCGGAAAUGUCCUAUGUUUAGGGGAAGAUCAGGCAUAGGGUUAACAGAAUGGAUUGAGGAAGUGCAAGCUUGUAUGAGGGCGCGCCAUUUGUCAACAUCCGAUCGGGCAUUCUUUUUGAUUGAUCACCUGGAAGGGGAAGCCCGUGAUGAAGUAAAGUUUCGUCCGAGUGCAGAACGUGAAGACCCGGUUAAGAUUAUUGCCAUUUUACAGGAAAUUUACGGUUGUUGCGAGUCCUACGUAGCCCUGCAGGAAGCGUUCUUCUCCCGUCGGCAGCAGGAGGGGGAAACCUUGCAAGAGUUUUCCCUCGCAUUAUUGAGCCUUAUGGCGUCGGUAAAGCAGCGUGCCCCUAGCGAAAUACCGAAUGCUGAAGUUUUACUGCGCGACCAAUUUGUUGAGCAUGUACUUGACGGCGCUCUCCGUCGCGAGUUGAAACAGUGUGUGCGCAGACAGCCGGCCGCUACUUUGCUGGAGGUGAGAGCAGAGGCGAUACAGUGGGAGCGAGAGGGUUUGCCAGGGGGAGCUAGGGGUAGGAGUCACUCGGUCCCUUCGGCCCUUGGUUUUCAGUUUGGUGUUCAGAGUGAUUCUCGGGGAAUUGUUAAUUCACCCCAGGUAUCGGAGCUGAGUGAACUACGAGAAAUGCUAAAGGUGCAGCAAGGGCAGCUUAACCAACUUACCCAAAGCAUUGCCCGUUUGCAGAGUUCUAGCCAGCGCGGUCGUUCAUCUUAUAAUGCCCCCAUCAUAUGUCGGAGGUGCCAGAAGCCUGGCCACUUCGCCCGAGAGUGCGAAGGGGAACGUGCUCCUGCUCGUGUAUCUUUUCCUUCACAUGCCCCUCCACUUCUUAAUAGGCAGUCUCGCCCUGGUCCGGCGUCGGAAAACUAGCACCCGCCGAAUUGCAGAGCCACAGUUCGGGGGGGGUAGAUAUUGGUUCAUUUGGUUCUGAUCGUUUGUCAGAAACCGCAAAGCUGAUGUCAUCUUGUCCACAUUUAGAUGUGUGUAUGGGUGGGGUUGAGGUUCCUUGCCUUGUAGACACCGGUUCAAUGGUUUCUACAAUCACAGAGAGUUUCUUUCUCAAGCAAUUCAAGCCAUGGGGUCAGGAAAGACUCCAGUCUUGUCACUGGCUGCAGCUUAGGGCAGCCAAUGGUUUGGCCAUUCCUUAUCUUGGCUACCUGGAGCUUGACAUUGAGCUUUGUGGUAAAUCAUUGCAGCGGUGUGGGCUGCUGGUAGUUAAAGAUCCCCCUGGUGGUGUGUCUUCUCAGGUUCCGGGUAUUUUAGGGAUGAAUGUGAUUCGUAGAUGCUACAGAGAGCUUUUUAGUCUUCAUGGCCUGGCCAUGUUUGACUUACCUGUGGUUGCCAAUAGUCCAGAACUUGUUGUGAAUGCAUUGCAAAGGUGCCAGCAGGCCAGCACUCAUUCCCUGGAUGAUGCAGUUGGUAAGGUAAGAGUGCGAGGCAGGAAGGCUUGUCGUAUUCCUGGAGGGGUGAUGAAAAUUGUCACUACCACAUGUUCAGCACAGUACUCUGACAUUACUGCAUUGUUUGAACCCCUGAAUGCUGGCUUACCAGCUGGACUUCUGGCAUCUCCUGCCUUGGUUCGGGUGGUAAGGGGUACUGCCUAUAUCCCAGUUGUGAAUGUGGGUACCAUUGAUGUGCUGCUUU